AUGUCAAAGCGAUUUUAUUUCUUUAAAAAAGUGGUGCAGGGUGGGUUGGGAAAUGAUACAUUUUUUACAUUAUGGGAACUUGUAGAGUCCUGGACUUCUCAAAAUAAUUGGAUGGCAAUCUUCUUUAUAAUUUUCCUGGGAAUUAUUUUUGAGAUCAUACUCCUAAAGAUUUGUACGUCCUUUCAGAAGAAGCCUGCACUUCCUUCAGAAAAGGAUAAGUCAGAGGUCCACAAAAAAGAAGACAAUGAAAGUUGUCUGAAAAGCAUGAAAUUUGAUAAUUGGUCAGCUCUUUCAUCCUCAGAAGCAAGAGUUGAUGACUUUUCAGAGAGAACAAUUGCUUCAUCAAUUACAUCUGAAAGAAAUGAAGAGUACUUUGAAGACAGCAUUCCACCACCAGAUGAACCACCACGGGCAAGUACCAGUGAAAGUAGAUUUCGAGUAAGUCACUUCAGUGAAAGUCAUAUGACAUCUUCAAAUGGGACUAGCUCAUCAUCUUUGUCACUAUUUCAUUCGGAAGUACAGGAAAUUUUGCUAAGUUGUAGUGGGUGUCCUAAAAAUGAACAUGAAACAAUACAAUUUUCAUCAAAGAAAUUAUUUUCCAUAAUGAAAAGUAACAAAAAUAAAAAUAGGACGUUUUCUUCUGACUUUAACUUUUCAAGAACUUCGAGAAUCAUUAUAGAAAGUGAAGAUAUAGAUGUGGCACCAUGCCCUCCUGCCCAUCUGUUUCUUACUAGAGACCAAGUCAGACUUCUGGAAGAAAAUGUGAGAAAUCAAAGCCCUUCAAAAUCCAAAGCCACAUUAGAGAAUAAAAUUACCUCUCUGUGCUCAAUCUCUCUAGAGCCCUUGAUCCAGAAUCAACAUUCUGCUACAAUGGACAUUUCUCCCCAAGCACAAGCUUCUUUUUCCAGACAAAAGGCUCCUCAGAGUCAAGGAUUUUCCAAAGCCCAAUUUACUGGUGAAGCCCACCAAUUGUUUAACAGUCAGGCAUCAGUCAGCAGGCAGCCUGAGAGAGAGGCCAGACACUCUGCUCCGCCUCGAGAUCUGCCUCUUUCCAGCAGCACCCAAGACGCCUUCCAGACCCUAGACACGGAUAGGAGCCAACGCCUGGUCCAAGUUCCACAGUCUGCUGAGACUCAAGAGUCAGUCAAGGGCCUAGGGCCUGACACAAAACACUCAGACGAGGCCCAGGAUUCUGUCUGGUCUGAAGAUUCAAACAAGAUUAAAUAUUCCACCCCAGGGCAAGACACUGUUUUAAAGGAUGCCAGACACCUAGUUUUACCUCCGAGCCCAACUUCAGUUGCUAAAGUGAUGCCACAACUAGAGCAUGUUAAGACUGAGGGCCAGAAACAAAUUGCUUUCUCAACAUUAAACCAGUCUCCUGCAUAUGGCUCACUGCCUCUCAUGACCAGGCAGAAAAACAGAAGAGAAAGGUCACGCAGUAAAAGUGAACUUAGCCUUAAAGAUCCGCCUCAGAAGUCAAAGAAAACACCGGCUUCACAGGUAUUUCAGACCACAGCCUGUCACACUGCAGAGUGCAGGCAGUUAAGAUAUGAGCAUAAAACUAAGAAGAUAGAGUUACAUCAAAGAAAAGGUGUAUCAGGUAUAGCGUUGCAUUUUACAUAUGCUUUCAAGCUUGUCCCUCCUUAUAUUAGGAAGUAUUCCAGGAAAAGACAAGCGAAAUUCACUCCAGGUUUAACAGAAUGUAAAGAUUUUCUGUCAAAACCAGAUCAGUCACUAUGUGCAGAGAAAGUUAAUUACGUAGGGUCUGUUGAGGAAAAAGGAACCACGGGGAGUACUGAAAGUGAAGAGCAGCAUGGCAGAAACAAUAAAGAGCUGGAAAACAUUUCACAAGAAGUUCCAUCUCAGCUAGAACAGUCUUUCAUGGUCAAUACUUAUCCACAAAAAGUACCUUGUCCUCCAUUAAUAGAAACAAACUGGACGAAUAAAGAGUCUCUUGAAGAUCCAAAGGAAAUGGAUAUGGCAGAGUCGUGUGCCCCAAAUAGCAAAACAACAUCUGACCUGCCUGUUGCCAGGCAAGAGACACCUUUAGAAGAAGCCAUAUCAGAACCUUUGAAGAAGGUUUCCUCUCCCCAGAUGAAGUCGGACAGAAACAUGAAAACAUGGGAGGACCUACAAGGUACAGAGGAUUCAAAUCCUGACCUUUCAAGCAGAGAGGAGUUACCAACGAGUGUAUCAGAAAUGCAAAGGUGCGUCUCACAGGGGAACACAGACAGGAAAGAUCUUGAAAUUGUUCUGGAGUCUUCCGACGUCAACUUGUUUGUUUCCCUAGGAGCCAAAAAGCAUAAAAGCAGUGGACAACCAGCAGGUGUAGAAAUUCAGGAGAGGCCAGAAGAUGUGACUGAGAAGGAAAAGAAAGCAUUAAGAGUUCACGUGAUGGAAGAAGAUGACAUAAGUGGAAGUGAGGAACUCGAAAGCAGCGCUAGCAGCACCAUGAGCAAUAUGCAAGAUGAAAGAGCAUCUGCUAUGUUUCACGAAGCCACUCAUACUGCCCUUUCUUUACCACCUCGGCUGAAAAUGCAGAGUGGAUUAAAAACCAAGAUGGAUACCUCAGAAAUAAAGUUUAGUUUUUCAGCAGUAAAGCCAGGCGAAUUACCAGAUGACAGGGAAAUGUAUUUUUCCUUUGAGAAGAACUGUCUAGUUAAAAAACCACAAGAAGACGACAGAGAGGAAGAACAACAGGCUCCACAAGAAGCAGCUUCGCAACUAACGCCAGGUUUCAGGUUCAGCCUACAACUACAGCAGAAGCCCACGUAUGUCAAACUGGAACUAGGACAGAGUAGUUCAAAAGGUCGAACCACUCAAAAUAAAGAGCUCGACGUACACCCACAAACCGUCUCUACAGAGACAACUGUGGGGACUAGCCGAUGCCCCACGAUGGAUCCACUUCAAGGUGAGGUGAAGCAAAGCACAGACAGACCUACAGGCAGGGAAACUGCAGACCCAGUGCAUCCUCUCACCAUGUUAGAGAGCUUGCCAGUUUUAACUGAAUCAACAGAAUGUCAUGUCCCCUUGGGUGGAAGCCCUGAGAAGUCCCUGGAUGCUCAGAUUGCAGAAGAAAAGCAGGACUUAGAAGGGGUUUUACCUGAAGUUGCCCUGGGGUCUUUCCAUAGGCAUAUGCCUCCUUUAUCAAAUUUGAAAAGGAAGAAAAUCAGAAAAAAAAUAAUAGGAACCACAAAUGUACUCAGUUUAAAAUGUGUAAUUAUGAAAGUAAAGAAGCCACCAAAAUGUCACAGAAGAAGAUUAAGAAGCAAUUUCAAAGUCAUGAUUAAACACAUACUGCAAGACAAAACCACGGCAGGUACACUUCUGAAUGUUAUUGGCCCUCAUCUGUCUAUCUUGCCCCAUGUUAGAAUGCACAGCAGAUUAAAUGUAGGGAAUCACAGUCACACCAAGCUAAAACAAGAGACAUCAGAAGCUGAAAGAGAGGACGACUAUUCAGCUAUCACUAAUAAAGGAAGCGACUCUGGAAACACACUAGAAGCAGCUCGGUUGCAGGGGCACGUAAGCGGGGACCAGGAAGCUUCACCAGAAGCAGUCCUUGAGGAUCGGUGGAAUCGCAGAUUGAAUGAAGAUCCAGAGAAAGAGCUUAAAUCCAUGAAAGAAAUGCAACAACUAAUGACAUUUGCAGAAAUCAUGGCAGAGUCUAUUCUCAUGGCCACAACAGGUUCCGUUCAUGUUGAGAAUAUGGAGAAAAGCCUGACAGCCCCCGCAGAUUUAAGAUGCACUGCAGAUGAUUCUGAGAUGUCUCCUCCCACAUCAGAAAAAUCACUGAUUAGAGACCCUUUAAAUCACACAAGAGAAAGUGAUGUCCCAGAUGAUGGAAGUGAUACCAGGGAAACAGGUUACUGUUUUGCAGAAAUGAAGGCGGAACGACCCAAAGAUUUACCAGCAGUUUUCCCAAAGACUUUUAAUUGCCACAUGCCUAUCUUAUCUCACUCUAAAGUGAAGAAAACUAGAGUAAGAUCUUCACGCAUAGAAUGUAGAGUGAACUCCAAGUCCGUACCUAUGAAGACUUUGAAGCCAUCCAUUUCACAAAUGUGUAAUAUCACAGGUCAUCAAAGAAAGAAACUGAAAUCUGAGCUUAAGGCCAAGUUUGAAAAGAUCAGCCAAGCUAAUGGACUGGAAUAUGAAUAUCUAAACACCCUUUACUCUCCUGUGCAUAGCAGGUUACAAGGAGAGACAAAGAGCUUCUGCCAUGUUCAGGCAAAGCUCCGGGGUCUAGCCAUUGAAGAGAGACCACUGUAUGUUGAUCUUUUUGAUGAGAGUAAUGCACUCUGUGAUAGAGAAGAAAAAGUACAAGAUACAGAGGAAAAGGAACAAAAGACUUUGCAAAUAACGGCUCCGCAACAUACCCAGUACCUCUGGAUCAAUGGAUGUCGAGGAAAGGAGACUCACCUUGCCAAACCAGAUGCAGGCCUGCACCAUUUAACACAGGAGCAAGAUACACAGCACCAAACAUGCUUUAAACGAGCUGCUCUGCAGACUGAUGUCCAGAUGGGUCCUCAAGAAGCUGAGGAACUCCUGAAGACCAACAAACCAGAAGAUGACCUAACAGCUCCUGCGGGUCUGGAGGUUCUACCUCCCGAGGCAGGGAACUUAUCACCUGUGAAACUUUUGAACAUUCCAACAGAGUGUGGCGUAGCCUCUGGUGGAAACCUUACAAGGGAACUAGGUUCUUAUUCUGUGGAUAAAAAUUCAGAGGUACCAGAAAGUUUGCAAGUGACCUUCUUGCAAUCUUCUGAUUCCGUUGACACCUUCGUUUCUAAAUCUCAAAGAAAGAAAAACACACUAAAAUUAGCAAGAAAGCAAAUAACGGUUAGUCGUAGAUACAGAGCUAUGAGAGAACAGAUCCCAUCCAUUCUGCGUAUGCUCCCUGGCAGGCAGGGAGAGGCAUUGCAAUGCAAUUUUAAAAUGAAGAAUUUACAGAAAAAUAAAAACACAGGAGAUGUGUGUUCACCUGUCAUUCUCUCCAGGGUGCCUGUUUUGCCAAACACCAAAAUGAGCAUCAGAUUAAAUGUGGAGAGAGACACACAAAGGAUAACAAGACUUGAUCAUACACAGAUGCAAGAGAAAUCACCCAAUGAAAGAAAAGUAUGUUGCCCAGCUUCUAUCAAUAUGAGCAGUUUAUCUAACAGUGUGAAAGACAGGAAGGAGGGGGCAGGGGAACAAGAUUUACCAAUUCCAGAGAGUGGCCAAGGCUUCAUAUUCAGUACAUAUCAGGAGCAGGAUCAUGACCUUAUCAAAUCAGAUGAAGGGCUGAAACGAACAGGAAGUAUAAAUAUCCAGAUACAACCACAAACACAUUUUGCAGAGAGUAUUUUGAGCUCUGCUUCAUGCCCAACACUAGAUCCAUUUCAACUGAAAAAGCUAGAGAGCGAUGCUAGGUUUUUUCCUCCAAUGUCAGGAGAAGCAAAGUUUGAUGAAAAAAUAUUUUCUGCAAGAGAAGGUGGUGUCCCAUCUGAGGCAAACCAUCAAAAGGAACAAGCUGGUGGUACUGAAAAGGAAGAGAAAAUGACUUUAGCUUUCUGCAUGGCUGCUUUAUCUCUAUCUAAAGGCAAGAGAAACUUCAAACAAUAUUCAGACAUGAAAAUCUUGAUGAAUCCCAAAUGUAGAAUUUUAAAAGCAAAAAAACCACCCAUUUCAUACAUGCUCAAUAUCAAGGGUGGUGCUAGACGAAAUCGUAGGAAAAAAUUGGGAUAUAACUUGACCACCAAAAUGGGACACGUGGGUCAGGGUACAAAAAUUGCAGACAGCAGGGACUCCCUCCUGAACAUCAUCCCUGCCAUUAAUAGGUAUAGUGACCGAGAAGGGGAAGAAGACAUGUUAGGAGAAAAAAGACUCAGUUCUGAACAGGUAAAGCAAAAUAUAUCCCCACACAAAGGGAAUGUGACUCCAGAUGACCCCAAAGAAGGUGAUCUUCAAGAUGAAGAAAGUGAACAGAAGAUGUUAUUAAAAGUAAUUCCACAGUACAGCCAACAUUUCAUACUCUGUUCAGACCAGACGAAGGAGCUUGAGCUUCACAAACCAGGAAACAAAGGAUGUGGGAAAACUCUAUUUGUUACCAAACAGGACAUCCCCCAGCACACACAGCCUGCAGAUCCAGUGCAGGCGACACAGCCGAAGAGAAGCCAGCAGACACAAAAUGGCACAGUGUGGUCAGCGAGUUCAAACUUUCCUCUUCUAAAGUUGAAGGAAUCACUAACCAGUCAAGUUGUAACUGAUACAGUGAAAUGUGGCAUCCCAAGUGAUGAGAGCCACAUGGGAGAACUGGAUGACCAUGGUAAAGAGGAAAAGUCAGAGUUUAAAAAAGAUCUACGAGCACCUGUCCCCGAGUCUUCAGCUACCGCCACACCUGAUCCCCCUGAACCUAAACAGGGGAGAAAGACAUUUACAUGUAGAGCCUUAAAAAGUAAAAUGAGUCCCAGGUGUGUUGUUAUGAAGGCAAGAAAGGCAACAAUGUCGCAGAUAUUUAACAUCCCUGGGAAUGGCUGUCUGAAAACUCUCCCUUCAAAAACCCUGCGAUCACAGAUCGUUGAGUUUUUGAUUGAGAUAAAAUAUGCCAGGGCGCUAGGAGAUGUGACUGCAGAAAGAAAGGAAGGAGGAGCCCGAGAGUUGCUGGCAACAAUGCUGGAGUUCUGGGAUGCAGCCACACUUGCUUUACCUGUCUCGAAAAGAGAGAGAAACCACUCAGAGCUUAGAGACAAGAGAAAUAAAAUGAGUCCCAAAUGUAUCACUUUGAAGGCAAAGAAGGCACCGAUUUCCAAGACAUUUAAUGUCACAAAACGUGGUGGGCCAAGCCGUGGUAGGCAACUUGAAGGCAAAUUCACAACCAUGAGGAAACAAGUUCAGUCAUUGGCAGCCACCAGGCUGAAUGCCACUUCCUCUUCUGUGUCGGUUUCACUGGACAGAAAGGUGCAUAACAGAAAGAAAGCAGAGAUGGACGUGCCGGGGAAGACGAGGUUCCAUCCCGAGCUACAGCAGCAAGGACACUGGCCAGAUGGUGGGAAAGCCUGGUGUCCCUAUCCUAGGGCCAAGAGGGGAAACGUCAGGAAGGAACCUCAAGGCCACAGUGGAGAAGCAGCGCCUCGGAAUUUCCAGCACCUCACUUUCCAUGCUCAUCAUAUGAAGGAGCCUCACUUUGUGAAAUCAGACCUCAAACAGAAGUAUUCAGCAAGGGGGAAAAUCCCAGAAUCACUAACCAUAGCGGAGGAGCUGCAACAACACACGUUUUUCACACAAAGUGUCUUGCGUUCUGUGUCUUCCUCUAUUUUGAAUUCACUUCCAUCUGAGAAGGCACCAAAAAGCACAAAAACACAGAGGUCAAGGAUUUUUUCUCCAGUGACAGAGAAGUUACUCGGUGAAUCUUUAGCUGUUAAAGUACCAAGUGACGUCCUGUCUGAAACAGACCCAACAAAGGAACCUGCUAGUUCUAGUCCAGAGGGAAAGAAAGAAUUACAAGUGGAUUUACAAGGGAGAGCGCUACAGUCUCUCUGUAUCUCCAGGCCGGAUUCAUCUGAAAUUAAAGGGUUGAGAAAUGUAGCAUUGAUCCCUACAUCUCAAACUGGGGAAGCCCAGGUGGCAUCAGUUUUGAAGACAACUAAUACCGCUAGUCCCAGUGCCCCCAGCCGUGGAAAGGAACUGGUCUACACCUUUGAUAACAUGGCCAAAGAGUUAUCUCAGAGUAUGUCAAAUACAUUUACAAAUACUUCUUUUUCACCUACACCUGUUUCACCUGCCACCAAAACACAUAAAAAACUGGAAGCCAAGAAAGACCCAGUCAAAGUCAGUAUUAUACAGCUAAAACCAGAGGACAGGAAAAGACUGUGUAAAAGAUGGAGUGCCUUGGGCACCACAUCUGAGUCAAGAUGGCAAAAUGAAAGAGAGGGCAAGGAAUUUGUAUUCAAAACAGGUCUACAAUUCCUGAGUAGGACAGAAAAUUUACUAACAAUAUCCACAACAUCUGUUUUGUCUGAAUCUAGACGGCAGAAAAAAGAAGUAAAAUUUCCAGAAAGGAAAGAUCUUACGGGUCCCAGAUGUAUAAUGAAGGCAAAGAGGCCUCUUUUUUCACAGGUGCUUAAUAUCACUGAGCAUGGUCAUCAGUACUGUAAAAAGAAACAGGAAUGUUAUUUAAAGUCUGUGAUAAAAGACAGGCAACAACAUGAAAGUAUAGCUGAUACAUUUUCAUCUCUCACACCUGUUUCAACAGAUAAUAAGAUAGAUAUUGAAAUUGAUAGCACACCCACAACAGGGACAGAUCAACCAAGAGAGACAAGGUGUAACACCAAGAAGCAGAAGCCGGGGUUCCAGAAAGAUAAAACUGAGGUAGAAUUCUCUCUGAAAACUAUUUGUGACUCUGGGUCUAUUCCACCUAAAAUUCAAGAGUUAAUGGAAGCAGAAAGGGAGAAAGGCAAGCCACCGAGGCCGAAGAAAUCGCUGAACACAAGACAAAUAGCAUUUUCACAGUCCCUUGCUAAAAGUGCCAAAUCCAGAAAUAAGAAAACCCUGAGACAAGGUAUCAGAGAGCAAGAAGAAAAUUGCCAAAUCUCUUCCCCAGACAUCUUCCCACAGUGUAGAUAUCGAUUCAUGCUGAGACAGCAACUGAAGAAGAGCCCUACCCAUGUCAAAUACACAGUAAAUUUGAAAAGAGAAGUACAUCCCGAUCAACCUUCACCAAAGAGAGAGAGCUGCUCCACUAUGUGUGACAUCUCAAGAGUUAGAUUACACACAAAACACCAACACCUCACCGCCCCAGGAGUAAGGGGGGGAGACAGAGACGAGGCCCAACCUCCAAUGUCAGCUCCACAGAGGACGGAAGUAGCUGAGAAAACAGAUGUUUCUUUAGGUUCGAAAAGACAGAACAGGUGUCUUCCAGAGUCAGAUGCUUCUCAAGAGAAGACUUGCAAGGAACAGGAUCUGCUGAAAGAAGGAAGUAAUUCAAGGACACUGGUGGAGCCUACUUUGUACUCCAUUACAGAAACCCCUCAUUUGGAAAAUACCAUUCCAAAUCAUCUGGGAAGAGAUGGCUUAAGAGAAACUGAUACCUUCCAAGGUUCAAAAGGACAGACGUUUCUCUGUGCAAACGCAGAAGUCCGGCAAUAUACACCUGCAGUGGAGAUCAGAGAUGUGAAACCAGAUCCCAUUCCGGAACGUCUCCUGGAUUCAGCAUCUUGCCCCAGUAGGGAACUUAUUCAUGUGAGAGAGGCAGGAAAUGCAACAGGGAAAGAAAGUGUUAGCUUCCCUGUUGUUUCAGGCAUCAAUCUAUGGGAAACCGAGAUGCCAAAGUUAACAAACCUUCUAUUAACAUCAAAUGAACAGAAAAUAAACUGUUCCGAGAAAGGAAGGACAGAGCAGCAAAACAGUUCUAACCAGAGGAAGGGAAAUCUUCUGGAAUUCAUUUCCUCUUGCAUACUGCAUCAACUCCAUAUUGAAAGGCGAAAGAAAGAAGUCUCAGCCAAAGGAAUGAGUUCAGCAGUUUUGAGUCCAGUGGUCCAGAAAGCAUCAAAUGCAGUAGAUAUUCCAGUGGAUCAACCUCCGUGCUCAGGAAGAAAAGAACAUCAACAGGAAAGUACAUGCAAGGCUCUCCCAACAUCUCUUUCUCAUUCUAUGAUGGAUAUAUUUCAGAUUAAAUUGCCAGGGGUAAUGAAAGCAGCAAAGGAAGUAGAUAGUCCAAGACACCACAAUUCAAAUACAGAAGGAAUUGGCUUGCCUGUUGCAGAAUCAGAAGAGCAACCAGAGUGGAUGUCUGAGACCCUUCAAAAGUCCACAUCUCACUCCCAGACAGGUCUCCACCAAACUAAUAUCUCAGUGCAAGAGGUAAAGUUUGAUGACACAAGUAAGAUGCAUUCUGAAUAUUCAACUCCACAGGCUAAGGAAGCAUUAAAAGGAAUGGAUGUUAUUGUUGGAUAUACACAGAAAAGUGAAAAAGGACAAAAUUUACCCAGCGUGGAGCAAAAGCAGCAGCACCUACUGAUUCCCUCUGAGAAUUUUCCCUCCCUGAGAAUUCCCUCUGAGUUUACAUCUUACCCUCAAAACAAUCCCUGGCUCCUGCCACAUUUAACGCCUCAGACGAAGGAAGCAUUAUCAGAAGUAGGUAAUGUGUUCAUCAGGACAAAAGGAUUAGACUUGAUUUCUAAAGAACAACUAAACACUCAACGUGAGUGUGGCCUGGAAUGGACUGUACCCUCAGCUCCUCCAACGCAAAUGACAAGACAAAAUACAAGGCCACCUUUAGAAUCAUCCAGUGAAACUGCAAAAUAUCAGAAUGUCUCAUUGCUAAAAGGAAAGAAAUUAUCAGAUGGGGAGCAGGUAAUUGAUUCAAUAACAAAUGUUAGCUCCCUUAAGCUAAGUGUUAGAAAGAAGGUGCACUUAUGUAAAGCAUGUCGAAAAAAAGUACAAAAAGAGCUGUGUCUUCCUGGAUUUUUUUCACAUUCUCUUUCUAUCCAUAUGCCUCCUUUGCCUGAAAAUAAAACACAGAAGAAUGACCUAAAACAAGGAGUUGAGAAAGACAUAGUACAUACCCAAAGGACUUUGGAGAAAUUGAUAUUUUCCAACAUAUUUAAUACCACUGACUAUGGUGGCCCAGGCAACAGACCAGAACUGCAGAGGAAGAUAAAAGAGGAAGUGAUAAAUAGGAAACACAGAAAGGUUAAACCUGAUUUGGUUGUAACAGAUGUAUAUGAGUCCAUCCCUUCUCUCAAACUGAAUAUAAAGACAGCUGAUGAGAUUAUCUCAAAUAAUUUAAAACGAAUUAAACAACUUAUAUCGCAGAGAAAGACUAGAAUAAAAGGAGCCAAUGUGAAAGGAACAAUGGAUCCCAACAUUACCUUGAAGGCAAAGAAACCAUCACGAUCACACAUGCUCAGUGAAAAGGAAUUGUCAGGGCAGUUGAACAUUGUAAAAGAAGAGAGCGAGGGGCAGAUAGGCAAAGGUACAUCAGGUGUGAAACUGACAAACCUGUUUGCUUCUGUACCAUCUCUGUCACCUCUUGAUUUGAAUUCAAGAACGAAAGGAGGAAGAGAUAUGUCAAGAAUAGCACAGAACUGCCUUCCACCACUAAAGCUCCAGGCAACAUCAAAUAUCAGGAAAGCAUCAUUUGCAGAGUCAAUUAAUAGAGAGAGUUUAAGCAACAUAAUAGGAUCAAAACAUUUCUCACAGAAAAAGAGGGAAGAUGAAGACAAUACAGUGUAUGUGAAAGAUAAAAGAGGCUGCAAAAGGGCCACUUUUAAAAGAAAGAAAAAACUUUUUAAACACACACCGCAUGGAAAUGAACUUCAGUGGAACAAUAAAGAGCAAGAGAAAAUGAUGCAGGAAGAUGAAAGUGAUGGAAAUGUAGUUCUGAAUAAGCCUCAUGCCUCCAUUCCAUCUUCUUCUCACCUGGAGCAGGGUCCUAUAGUAAAAGAAGCGGCAUCACAAACAGUAUCAUGGUUCUGCCCUCCAUCACUGACCCUCCAGGAACUGUCAGAUGCAGUGAUAACAUGUAAGGAGCCAGCUGAUGAUAAUUUAAGCAAUAUAGCAAGAUCAAAACAUAUGUCACAGAAAAACAAAAACAAAGUGGACCUGGCUUUGAAAGAGAUAAGGCAUCCCCAAAGAAUGCCUCUGGAGGUGAACCAGUCUCCAGUUGCCCAGGAAUUGCAGUUGAACACCAAAGAAAAAGAGGAAAAGAUAAAGCAAGAUAAAGGUAAACAGGUUGGGAUUCAGAGACAGUCUUGUGUGUCCAUCUCUUCUCCACCUUACUCUGAAGUGGACACGAGAAGGGAAGGAGAAGCAGUCAUGCUAAGAAAAACAAAAUCCUGUUUUCUACAACCCAAACUCCAGGAGUCAUCAGAUAUGGGAAACAUAGCAUAUGAAAAGUCUGUUUCUGGUGAUAUCUCAAACAGUGUAAAAAAAGCUGAAGAACAUGCAAUACAGGAAGAAGAGGAAGGAAUUAACAUGGAAAAAGUCCUCCUUUUGAAGAAAAAGAAUUCACCACUUUCACAGGAAGUCCAGUUGGAUGUGGAAGAGCAAAAGAAAAAGAUACAAAGAAUUCAAGGUGAACCAAGUGUGAUUUUGAUCUGUACUUCCAGACCUGCCACUUCUUUUAACUCGAAUACAGGGAUGAUAGGAGCAGAUGACAGAGCUAAAGUAACAAGAUAUUCUUGUUCAGGACUACCCCACCAGAUAUCAGAUGCAGUGAAAAAAGCAAAUCGAGAGUCAACUGAGAGAGGUAUCAUAAGUGAUGUACAAGCAGCAAAUGAAUUUAUACCCCAGAAAGGAAAGGAUCAAGGAGAAACAGCCAAUAUGAAUUAUAUGAAGUACUCCAAAGAGACAAGUUCCAAAGCAAAGGAGUUCCCACUUCCACACGUUUCCAGUAGCCCUGGGAGCCACAGCCCCCAGGCUAGAGAUGAACCAGCAAACAGAAGAGAAAACCUGGGACAUGCACAGGAAAAAAAGUGUGAACUAGAUGAAGUUCUGACAGGACUUUGUCUGCCUCAGUUUACAUUAAACAAAGGCGAGAAAGAGAAGCAAGGAGCUCUCACAUCCUGUCUUCCGCCGUUAUGGCGCAGGAAGUCAUUAGAUGCACAGGAGUUAAAAUAUACAGUGUCACCUCUGAGUGAGAUCUCAAGCGAUUCAAAAAGAACAAAAUACAUGACACAGGAAGAAAAGGAUAAAACAAAUGUUUUUGUGAGAGACCCAAUGCACCCCGACUCCUUAGCUUUGAAGGUAAGGCGAUCCCCGCUUUUCCAUAUGCUUGGCGCAAAGAAACUGCAGGUGAGCAUUAAGGAGCAAGUGAGAAGGAAGCAGAAAGGGAGAAGGGACACAGUUGUGAUUCUGAGCAAAAUCUGCCCUUUUGUCACUUCUUCAACGCAUCUUAAAUCUGACACAAUAAAAGAAGACAGAGGUGGUCCAGGAGUCCUAAGUCAUUCUGUGCCACAUCUCAAGAUCCAAGCCUCACGGCCUUCAGUACAGAGAGCACCUCCAAAGUCAACGGAUAGAAAGAAAGAAAAACAAUAUCUGCCACCAAAAGAAAGGGACAGAGCACACACAACAGUUGUGAGCGGCUCCGUGCAUGCCAGUGGCUCAGAUUUCAAGGCAAAGACAUCAUGCCCUCCUCAUGUGUUUGGUACUGCUGAGCACGAUGCUCUGAGCAGGAGAAAGGAAGCACAGCCAAGCAUGGAGGAGCGCACAGAACAGGGGCAGGGGAGAGCUGGGGACCCUGGUGUGACUCCAACAGAAACCCCUCCUGCCUUGCCUUCUGCAUCAGACCGCAGACUGGAUGCAGGAAUCAAAGAAGACAGACACCUGCCUGAAGUCACGGGGUUCUCUCCACCAUUUCAGCUCUUUGAGUCAUCAGGUGCAGGGAAAAUCAGAUAUGCAGAUUUCAGUCAAGGUAUUAGCUCGUGUAAUAUAACAGUAAGAGCUAACGGACGUGUGUCAUAUAAAGAGACAGAGAUCAGAGUAAAAAGAAGAGACGAGAAAGAUAGAACACAUCCCCAGAUCACAGCUGUGGAAGCCCACACAUCCCCACUUACACAUUUACUCAGUAGAAACAGACUGCCUUUGAAUGUCAAAGAGCAAGGGAAGGAAGUGCAGGAUGGCAGUGGAAUGGUUCUGAGGGAAACUCGUGCCUCCUUACCUUCUCCAUCUUACCUGAGACAGGACGCUAGCAGGAAUGAAAAGAAAGAUACAGAAAGAAUAACGCAAUCCUGUUUUCCACCGCUGAAGAUUUAUGAUCCACUCAAUCUAAACACAAAAGCAGAUGUUAAGUCAUUUGAUGGUCAUUUGUUAAAAAACAAAGCUAGACUCAAAACAGAUAAUGAAGACAGAGUGCUUCCAACAGCUGUGCAUCAGAAAGCAAAGGAAUUACCACUUUCACAUAGAUGUGAUGCCAAAGAAUCACAGUGCAAAAUUAAAAAGCAAAAGAAAAUGGUACAGAGAGAGGACAGUGAACUAGUUACAAGAUUGAAAAACAUCUGUACUUCUUUACUGACUCUACCAUAUCUUAAAUUUGAUAAACCAGAAGGAGAGAGGUACAUGAUAAGAAUCACAAAAUUGCCUCCCCCACAAGCAGAGUCCAAGGAAUCGUCACAAUAUGCUGACACCAGUGAGGGGGAUCUUUCAAAAGAUGUAAACAUAUUAAAAGAACACAUGCUUCAGAAAGAAGAGGAGAGAAAGGAAAAUGUGGCUAUGAAUAGUAGAGUGGACCCCCAUAACAUGGAUUUGAAAGCAAAGGAAUCACCUAUUGUACUUGCACACAAUCUAACUGACCUAUCUAUAAGAGAAGAGGGCAUGUCAAUGCUACCAAGAUCCUCUUUUCCCCCAGUAAACUUCCAGAAAUCAUCAAGUUCUGAGGAAGCGAUACAUGUAGAGUCAAUGGCGAGAGACACUGUCAUCAGUCCCUCCAGAGAGAAAUAUUUGCCCCGGAACAAGAAAGAGGACAGAGUAGAAAGAAGAAACUUUGUAUCUCCCAAACAUCAAGGAAAGGAGAUGCAGGAAAGUAAAGAUGAACCAGGUAUGGUUCUGACCAAACCUUCCACUCCAUCACCAUCUCUCCCUGCCCUCAAGUUGGAUAAAGAAGUACAAGUUGAUGAUGAAACGCUAGCACCACAUAGAAGGUCUGUUUUGGGGAGAAUAUCAAAGGCAGAGCAAAUGAUACAUACAUAUUCAACUAGUGGUGAUUCCAGGAAAGGUGUUCAAAAUGAGGAACAACCUAUUUCUGAGAAAGAAGAGAGGGACAGAGAAAAAUCAGUAGAUAGGAGAGGUGUGACACACACCAAAUAUAUAAUUUUGAAGUCCAAGAAAUCACCUUCUUCAUAUACACUCCACAGAUCAGAACUGUAUCUGAACCUCGGAGGGACAGGGCAAAAGAAACAGGAAACUCAAGGUAAACCACCUGGUAAGGUCGGAAGAAAUAUUUAUCUUGCCACACCUCCAACUAAGCCGAAACUGGAUAAAGGUACACAAGUAGAUGAAGGAAAGCUUGGAAUUGAAAAACCCUCUCUACUUCCACGAAUGAUUUCAGAAUUAUCAGAUGCAACGAAGAGAACGGAUACAAAGGGAAUUAGUGAUGAUGUAAUAAAAAGAAAACAAUGUAUGUCAGAGAAAGAAAAAAAGCUUGACGUGAAAAACGUAGAUAUGAGGCUACGGACCCAUCACAAAAAAUCAGCGAUUUCACCAAUUCCGGAUGUCUUUAGUACAAAGAAAUUUGUGUUGAAUGUUAUUCAAGAGCCAGGGGGAAAAGUACACAAAGAUAAAGAUGAACCAAGUAUGGUCCUGACAAGGACUUUUCUUUCUAUCCCUUCUGCACCUCUUUAUUUAGAUUUAGGGAGCAAAACAGACAAAGACACACUAGGAAUCACAGGAUCCUCUCAUCCACAGCAAAAUCUCCAGGAAACAUCAGAUACCCAGAAAACAGCAAUCACAGAAUCAGCUGCUGGUGAGAGGGAAAUUGUUAAAAACGCAGAACGCUCGGCGCCAGAAGAAACCAUGCAACAGUGGACGGCGAACUUUGUGCUCAGUGUACAGCAAAGGAGGGGACCUCUACAAGUCAAAUCUGAAGGAGGUGUAAGUCAGUUACUUUCAGAUUCGCAGCAGGAGGACUUUUACGUCACAGGGCAUGGUACUGUAAAAGGUGGGAAAAGGCUAGAAAGUUUCUUUGCAGGGUCAGAGGCUCAGCAGAAAAAAGACAAACCAGAAACUUUGGCUACAAUUCUUUCCUUCCCCAUGAUGGGUCUCACUAAAAUUGAAAGUCUGAAGAAAGAAACAGAAAUAAUGAAUGACCUAAGCCAUAAAAUAAGUCCUCACGUUCUAGUUUCACUGCCAAGGAAACUAUCCAAGGAAAUAUAUGCCACACUUGGCUCCCCUGUCAGUUCAGAAGGGUUUUCUGCUUCAAAGCAAGAUGUCCACCACCAAGAAGGAGCUUUAGCACAAGCAUCUCCAGCAUCUACAGAUCUAUGUAAACUUGAUAAGCCAGAAGAAGAUAGACAAAACAAUAGAAAAACAAGUGAAAUGUCCCCUCCCAAAGUGUUAGCACCACAGAUAAAGGAGCCCCUUGAGGAAGUGAAUAUCACAGAGUCAGAUGCACUCCAAAAUGCAGAUCAAGAAAUUGUCAUGAAAAAGCAAGUGGUGCUGCAGGCUGGGAGUGGACAAAAGACCAGAGUGGAUUCUAGUCUUUCUCUGAAAAUUCCACUUCAACAUGUAAAGCAAAGGACAUCAUUGGAAAUAGAUGUGCACAAGCAAACUACAGUGUGCCCUGGAAUACAAAUGCUACCAGGAAUACAAAUGGGCAUGACAGAGUUUGAUGCCCAAAGAGGGAAAAAGGAGCAGGCGUUGCUUGUUCCAGAUAAAGAGGCACACAAUCUAGAACUGCCUCAGAAGUCUGUUUCCUCCUGGGCUUCUCCACUCCAAUCUGGAGAUGUGGGGAGAAAAAGUGAGGCUGGCACUGGCUCCACUGGAAAUCUGAAGCAAAAAAAGUUAGAAGUGAAAGAAGGGAUAUUAAAAAUAGAUACGAACAUAGCUGUCCAUCUAGAAGAGGACAAAAUAGAAAUGUACAAACACACCACUGUUAAUCUGAAGGAAGAGACCAUAAAAAUGGACACAAGCAAUACAGUAAACCUGAACACCGCAUCUCUAAGGGCAGAGGAACCUCAAACUGAGACUCAGGUAAUCACUCCUAUGGCAAACAGGUGCCCAACUGAGCAAAACCAUAAAAAGGAACGAGAAGUGUCCUCUGCAAAACAUAACAUUCAACUACAAAAAAUGCCUCAGAAGCAUGCUCUGGAUUCAUUUUAUGCCUAUAUUCCUCUUUCUCCCAAAUUAGGAGGCCAGAAAGGCAGAUUAACAAUAGCAGACUUGAAAAGAGAAUUGAGCCCCAAAUAUUUAAAUAUGAAAAUCCAAAAGCAUCCAAUUCUACAGAUUCUAGGCAACACGGGACGAGGUACUCCAAGCAAUCGAAAGAAAUUAGAGUAUAACUUUAACAAAUCAAAGAAAAUAGAUUUGAGAAGAGGAGAUGCGUCAGAAAUAUUUAUCAGAAGUCUUUCUAUUUCCACAGUGAGUCCAUCUCAGACUAAAGAACCAGUAAAAUCUUGGACAAACCUAGAAAGUGUAAAGAGAACCUGUAUUUCAGAAUUCCAGAAGAACUCACCAAAUACUAGUGAAACUAUGAAGAGGAACAGUUCAAGCAUUGUAAAAGAAGGGAACCAGAAUUUUGCAAACACAGUUCCACAGGAUUCCCAGCCCUUCAUGGUAGACAAACAACAAAUGCACAAAGUUCCUAACAUCAAAUCAGAAGCAAACCUCAGCAGUGAAAUAAAUAAAAAUUUAGCUCCACAAACAAACAAAAGGGUUGUUCCAGAAAAAGGUAACUCAGGGAUCAUAAAAGAAGCUGACGUGCUUAUGACCAAACAAGAAAAGGCACCAAAACCCAUUGAAACACCUACAGGGUGUUUAAUCAUGUCUGAAGAUCCAAAGGAAUAUAGGAAUCAGAGUGAACCUGUACAGGACAUAGCCAUACAAAAGGUCCAGCGACAAGAAACUUCUCUAGGAACUGUGCCUAUUCAACCCCAAGUUAAAGGUAGUGAAAGAAAUACAGUGGGAUAUAGUCCAAGUGCAGGAAUUAUGAUUCCUCUUUGUGAAGCAAUUAAAAAUUUUCUUGAAUCCCAGAUAAAAAACAUGAUCCAAAACAGGUUUUUUCCUAAAAACCUUGAAAAAGUAAAAGACAAUAAACCUGAUGAUUGGAACUCACAGCUUUUCACAAGGGGUCUAAGUACACUAUCCAUGACAUUACAUCCUGAAUUGCAGCCAAAACCUAUUUUAGAAAAUUUUACUUGCAAAGAAAAAAUCAAGCUCAGGAAUCACUUAGAGUCAAAAGCACCUGAAAUAAGACUGAAUUUGAUACCAGAGGUGGUAAAACGAUCCUUCCAAAGGUUCAGCUUUUAUAAAAAAUUGGCUAUUUCAAAACAUAACAGUUGGAAGCUCUAUCCAAGACAUAAACAAAUGUUCUUUUCGCCUCUGGAAGGGAUUGAUACUGUAGAAUUUAACCUAAAACACAAAUACGAAAAAGACUCACCUCCUGCCAGUUGUAUGAAGUCACUGAUUGUUAAUGUUUCAAGAGGCAGUGAAGAGGCAGUGAACAUUACAAAGUUAAAGAGGAUGAAAGAGCUAGAAAGUGGAGUACCUUCACUGACUUCUGCUAGAGAGAAAACAUUGCCUCAUAUUCUCCAGAACUGCUCAGUAGGAGAAAAAAACAAACUCCUCAUACACUUUUCUAAGAAAACACUGGAGAUUCAAAUGAAAGCCUUCCCCAGAAUUGUAAGGGAAUCUUACACAAUGGCCAAUGCUCAGGAUAGAAGGAAACCUUUAUCUAAAUGUGUUCAUUCUGUGGUCAAAGUACCAAAACGAAAAAACAGAGUUUUGUUACUUUUUGAGGAAAACUCUCUACAUCAAAUAGAUCUUGAUUUACAAUACAAAUACUUUCGUUUUCUCCUGGGUUCUCCAGUUGCAUGGAUGUUCCCUAAGCCAACUGCAUUUCCCAAACAUACUCUUAAAUUACAGACAGUCGCAAUAUGUGAAAAAGGAGACAACAGUGGGGAAAGUGGCAGUCAUUCCAUUGAUACACAACCAUUAGAACAUAUCCCUUUCAAAAAACAAAGUUUCCAUGAAGACACAUCAUUAGUCAGAAAUUUCUUGGCACCUACCCAGGUGUGUGCCCUUGACCCUGAUCAACACAGCAUGGUGCAGAAAGAUACCAUGGCUCUUUCUAAGUUAAAAUCUCACGUGACUCCAGAAAAAGAUAAACAAUGUCAUGUAUGGUUUCAAGAAACAAAUACAUAUGAAUCUGUUGAUUUAAAGAUUCAGAAAAAGGCUCAGGAUGUAGGUGGUUCCCAUUCAAUUCAGAAUUCUGAAGAUUUUACUGACAGUCAGACAGAUAUCGAGAAUUCAGAUAACUUGGAGGAAUGCUCAGCUCAUGAUGUACAUGACAGUGAAGACUGUAUCUUUUUAGAUGCCACCCCUUAUUUAAGUCAGGAAGCAGAGAGUAUUCUAUUUGAAUUACAGAAAGGCAUACCUGUGGAAAAUCUCUACAAGAAAGUCAAAAUGGGUUUGAAACCACUUUACAGUGAAGAUGUGGGUUCCCAUCAUAUUAGAGGUCAUCGACAACAUUCCUCAAUUGUGACACCCCAUUCUUAUGAACCCCAUAAAAGCAGGACACACGGAAGCAGGAAACGUGGAUGGUCCUCCAAAAUGCAGCCUCCUGACCCGUGGUGUCACAGCUCCUUAAAUACCGUUGAGCUUCCAUCUGUAUCAUCUUCCAUUUCUUUCAAUGGGGAGAUGCUUUCACAGACUACAGUGAGCGGGAAUAAUUAUUCUUUAGUUCCCUUAACAGAAUCCAAUAUUAAAUUACAUCUUGCAAAAAGCCAAGGCAAACCUCACAGGCAUUCAGAAAGCAGAGAAAGAAGGAAGGCCAAAUUGGACUUCUUUAGAAAGAACAACAUGCCUUGGGAAUGUGAUGACAGUUAUACAAAGAGUAAACAGAAACACACAAGAAGGAAGAAUGUGAGGGAUUAUGAAUCAGAAAGACUGGAUUAUUUCCCAAGUAAAUACAAAUCAUCAGCAAAACCUCAUCAAGAGGAUAUCAGCUUCCAUUCUGAAAAAAAACAAAACCAGCCAUUUUUUUAUGCCUGUAUACCAGCAGACUCUCUGGAGAUUAUACCCCAAACCAUUCGCUGGACUGUUCCCCCCAAAACUGUAAGGAAGAGAAACUUCAGAGUUCCCCUGGUGGCCAAGAUUUCAACGUCUUACAGUAUAUGGAACUCAUCCAAAAAGUUGUUGGGAUCGCUGUUAGAGUCCUUUAGCUUACUUCAUUAA